AUGCCACAAUUAUAUUCUUUUCAUUUAAUUGAUUCUAAUGAUAUUCACCUAAUUGAUCCAUUAACAUCUAAUCUACAAAUAUUAUCAAAUCUAACAUUAUCAUUCAUUAAUAAACGUUCAUCAAUUACAAAUCUUACUAUUUCUAGUUGUUCACUCGAUCAAUUAUUCCAUCAUGUGUUUAAAUAUACACCAAUAUUAACUUAUUUUAAUUCUCAAUAUUUUUCGCAACAUUAUAAUCAGACAAUAAAUUAUCCAAAUGAUAAUAUAAAUAAAGCUGUUCAUUUAAAAGAAUUAAGUAUAUUUAAUUUUAAAUAUAAAUUUAAAGAUUUCAAAAGAUUAGCAAAACAGAUACCGAAAUUAACAAAUUUAACUGUUAGAUCAUUAAAACCGAUUAUUAAUUUAUCGAAAUUAAAAUAUUUAAAUAUUUCAUUUACAUUUAAAAUCAAAGAUGCAUAUGUAUUAUUAAGAAUACUACAAGAAUCACCACAAAUAUCAUCAUUAAUGAUUAGUAUUCAUGCUUUAGAACAUUUUGCAUACAAUAAGGAAAUAUGUUAA